GCAAACAGGUUACCGGAAGUGUCGCAUGUUUGCUUCUCUGUGUACUGAAAGCAAACGCUGCUGCUCUUAUGACAACGUUACCGAGAGUCAUGUCCAAGUUCCGCCUGGCUGUGGUUCAGCUGCACGUGACGAGCGUCAAAAGUGAAAACCUGAGCAGAACCCGGACUUUAGUGAAGGAGGCCGCGCAGCAGGGGAGCAAACUGGUUCUACUUCCGGAAUGUUUCAACUCUCCGUACGGAACAAAUUUCUUCUCUGAGUAUUCCGAGAAGAUUCCAGGAGAAUCCACUCGGCUGCUGUCAGAGACGGCCAAGGAGAACAAGGUGUAUGUGGUGGGAGGAUCGAUUCCUGAAGAGGAUGGUGGGAAGUUUUACAACAGCUGCACCGUGUUUGGACCUGAUGGAGAGAUGAUUCUGAAACACAGAAAGAUUCAUCUCUUCGACAUCGACGUUCCAGGAAAGAUUCGUUUCCAGGAGUCGGAGACGUUGACUCCAGGAAACACUUUGUCGAUGUUUGAAACACCAUUCUGUAAAGUGGGCGUGGGCAUUUGUUACGACAUGAGGUUUGCAGAACUCGCUCAACUCUACGGAAGAAAAGGCUGCCACCUGCUGGUCUAUCCUGGAGCGUUCAACAUGACCACGGGUCCGGCUCACUGGGAGCUGCUGCAGAGAGCCAGAGCGCUCGAUAACCAAGUUUACGUUGCUACGGCUUCACCCGCUAGAGACGAGACGGCUUCGUACGUGGCGUGGGGUCACAGCAGCGUCGUGAAUCCAUGGGGUGAAGUGAUGACGAAGGCCGGAGCACAAGAGACCGUUAUUUAUGCUGACAUCGAUCUUCAGUAUUUGUCUGAUGUUCGACAGCAGAUUCCGAUCACGUCUCAGCGUCGUCACGACAUCUACGAAGUAUCGUGUGUGAAGGAGACGGAGUCGAGCUGAAUCAUCAUUGUUUCCAUGACGGCGCAGCAUCCGCUGAUAGACGCGUUUUUUUCACUGUAAAAAUUUGUGUCAUGAUGAAAAAAUAUGAAGUCAAAUGUGAAUUAGAAAUUAGAUCAUUUUAUAUCAGCAAAAAUAUUGAUAUACUCAAUAUUGCAAUCAUUGGAAAAAAGGUUAUUGUGGAGAGAAAUACAUUUUUAUAUUAAAAAAUAAUCUUAUAUAAGAUGGUUCUCUUGUGGCACUUCAAACUAAACCACUAGGACUGUAUGUUGUGAGUUUGAAUAUGAUUUUACCAUCAUCAUCAUAAACCUGUGUGAGUGUGUGUGUCAGAAUGUAAAUAAUUCAUACGCAGAAGAAUCAGGACCACGUGAGGAAAAAAGUAAAUUAGGAUUUACUUCAAAUUUAAUCCAAUUCUAAAUUCUGCGGAAAAUUUUCUGAAGUCUGAGAUUCCUUUGGGAGGAAAAAAAAUCCAAAUUCUGGGGGGAAAAAAAUAAAACAAUUAUGA